AUGGAAGGCAUCGACGAGAGCGCCUCCAACGAGCUGCAGAAGAUGAAACAGAAGUUGGAGAAUCUCCAAACGAGCACUACUAGUCCAGGGAGGACCUUUGGCGACGCUGCGACCACCGGGAACUUGUCGGUCCCUGAUGGUUUUAGCGUCUACCCUGACCUGCCCGAGGACCACCUGUGGUUGAAAUCAGUCAUCAAGCACUUUGUUAAGGAGGUUGGGCUAGAAGUCUUAUUUCAUCAUCAUACUUCACCUCAUUUUGACAAUUCCGAUCGUAGUAUAAACCAGAACGAGCUGUCCGAUGAUUCUUCCUCGUCUAUCGUAAUAAUCGACCUCUCAUUUGAACCUUUAGUUGAAACCCAUCCUCUUGGGUUGUUGGACGAUCCCGAGGGUGAAGUCAGCUGGCACGAAAUGGAAAAUCUUAUUGAAACACACCCAGCGGCCUACCAAGAGCCCGAGAGCCCUGCCUGA